UUCUACUUCUCUCUACCGGUCGGAAGUGACGUAGAGGCAAUUUCCGGUUCGGGUCUCGCAGUGUCAUUGUGCAGGAUGAUGAUGAACGGAUCUAAAAUGAGAAUGUUCCCAGGGGGACCGGCACCGGGAGAGCUCCACUCCUUCCCCGGCAUGGGGCCUCACCGACACACUCUGAACCCCAUGGUGACGGGAACCUCAGUGCUGGGGGUGAAGUUUGAUGGAGGAGUGAUGAUCGCAGCGGACAUGCUGGGCUCCUAUGGCUCCCUGGCCCGAUUCAGGAACAUUUCCAGGAUCAUGCAGGUCAAUUCGUGCACCAUGCUGGGGGCUUCCGGUGACUACGCCGACUACCAAUACCUCAAGCAGGUCCUGGAGCAGAUGGUGUAAGUGCAAAGACCCCCCCGUGACGGUCUAGCUUUGGAGCAUACCUGGCACAGGUAAUUCUUCCAGUCAUGGAGUCUCCGCAUCACGUGGGCGUUGCCAAGGACUGUGUAAUUAAUGAGUCUUUCCGGAGUCAUGUGCUUUCACCAGAAGGAAGGGGAUUGGUUAUACGUAAUGUAGGAGGAGCCUUCAAUUAAGGUUGUUUUCUUCCCUGCUCUGCAGCCGUUGAUGCGAGACCUCGUAGACAACAAACCCAACCUGACGCGGGAAGAGGCCCGGAAGCUGAUUGAGCGUUGUAUGAAGGUCCUGUACUACAGAGACGCGCGCUCCUAUAACAGAUACGAAAUCGCUGUCGUCACAGCCAGCGGAGUGGAGAUCGAGGGACCGAUAUCCUCCGAAACCAACUGGGAGAUCGCACACCUCAUCAAGGGCUUUGAAUAAAUAAUGAAGAUCCAGACACCCCCCUCCCCUUAU